AUUUCGGUACUCAGGAUGUCUCUCUCUUCUGGAAUUUAGAGCGAUGACGUCACUGCCUGCCGCUCUCAGAAUUUUUGGAGAAAAAAAGAAGUUUCAUUUUUGUGGGAUUUGAAACUCAUUGAUUCUUAGAAAGCGAGGCUGAUUGAGCAUUAGCCAACUCCAGAGGAAGAGGGUGAGAGAGAGAGAAGUACGCCGCUAUUUCGACCCAUAAACCAGACGUGCAGAGAGGGAAAGAGAACUAUGUUGACCGGUGACAGCGAGAAAAUGGAGCAAGUGAGCGCCAGGAUGGAGACCACCCCAGCCUUCGGGACCCCCAGCAUUUCCGUAUCCCAGCAGCAAAUGCCUGUGAAGUUUGCGCCCGUGGUCGCUCCCAAGCCAAAGUUUAAGCCCUACAGGCAGCUGGGAGAUUUGGCCCAUCCAGAUGCUGGAGGUGACUACCCUCUUCCGCCACCAGCGGUGGAUCUGACGAUGGCCUUCCCCCCUCCCCCUGAGGCAGUGCAGGUGAAAGGCCCGGAGAAGACGCUGGAGGAAAGGCGCUCCAGCCUCGACGCGGAGAUCGACUCCCUCACCAGCAUCCUGGCUGACCUGGAAAACAGCUCUCCUUACAAACCCAGAGACCAGCAGAAUUACGGGGGCUCUGCAGCAACCGGUACAAUUUCCUCGACACCGAUCAGCGUGCACAAUCGAAUGGUCAUCCCGUCCCUUCCGCCUCUCUCGGCCACCAAAAAGUCCGGCCCCAAGCCCCAGGCGCCGGCGGCCCCAAGCCCCGUGCCCGUGCCCCAGUUCCAGACGGCGCCUCAGCCCGCGGUGGCCUCCCACGCCGCCGCCCCCGCCCCCGCCCCCCCGGGGCCGCAGCAGAACGUCCAGCGUCCCGCCCCCCAGGGUACCCCCCAGCCAGGCCACGCCCCCGCUCCCCAGGUCAAGCAGCCAGCGGCAGUCCACCAGGCUGCCUCUGCUCCGACGGCCCUGCCGAAGGCCCCCGGCAGCGCCCCGGGCCAGCCCGACGAUGAGCUGGACCGCCUGACCAAGAAGCUGAUCCGCGACAUGGACAACCCCCCGUCCGAGGAGUACUACGGUAGCUGUUCCUGCUGUGGAGAGAACGUGGUGGGAGAGGGCAGCGGCUGCACCGCCAUGGAGCAAGUCUUCCACGUGAGCUGCUUCGUCUGCGUGGCCUGCAGCCUGCAGCUGUGCGGGAAGCCCUUCUAUGCCGUGGAGAAGAAGCCGUUCUGCGAGCCCUGCUACAUCAAAACCUUGGAGACGUGCACCGUCUGCGGCGAGCCCGUCAUGGAGCGCAUCCUCCGGGCCACGGACAAGGCCUACCACCCCCACUGCUUCACCUGCGUGGUGUGCCACCGCUGCCUGGACGGCGUGCCCUUCACCGUGGACGCCGCCAACCACAUCCACUGCAUCGAGGACUUCCACAAGAAAUUCGCCCCCCGCUGCUCCGUUUGUAAGGAGCCCAUCAUGCCGGCUCCGGGACAGGAGGAGACGGUGCGCAUCGUGUCGCUGGAUCGGGACUUCCACGUGCAGUGUUACCGCUGCGAGGACUGCAGCUGCCUGCUUUCGGAGGGGGACAGCCAGGGCUGCUACCCCCUGGACGGCCGCGUCCUCUGCAAGACCUGCAACUCCGCCCGCAUCAAGGCCCUCUCCGCCAAAGCCAGCACCGACCUCUGAAGGACCCCGCCCCCCUCGGCCCUUCCCUCUUUCCUCCCGGUGCGCGCGCACACGCACCUUCGCCUCACGCACCGCACGCGCCAUUUUGGCUCCUCUCACUCGCUGACACACGUCUCCGUCUGAGAGCAGCUGAAUCACUUCGCACGGAAGCAGGGCGCUUCUGCAGGGGUCAGCGGUCUCGGCGUUGCUAUGGACUGCAGCACGUGCUCUUUAGCUCUGCAAGAUACUCGGGCACGUAUUUUUAAACAUUGAAACGUAUGGCUCCCUACCAUAGAAACCAGAACAUUCCAGUUGAGGCAUCGUCUGUAAACUCAUUCAGGUGGCAACCGAUUGUUGAUCUCUGUUGAUUUCAUCAUGCAUGAGAGAGAGGUCACCCCAAAAUUUCUUACCCGCGCUGUUCAUGGCGCGUUUUCACCAAAAAGAGCACCCCUCCGGUACACUUCUCUGUGUUCGCUUCCUUGCUCCAAACACUCUGGGCUUUGGCACCCAACUUCAAGUGCCUUUCAGUAAAGCAAUAAAGGGACCAAGCGCUUUUAUUCACUGUGCUUGUAAUGCAGUGCAUACAUUUAGCCUUUUAAUUAUUAGCAUCAUUACCAUUGAUUUUACGAUAGAUAUUGCUAGCUGUAUGUAAGAGUAUAUGUAUGUAAGAAUAUUCUCAGAGUAUAUUCAUUUUAUUGGAAUCACACUCUCCUUAUUGUUUAUGGACGUGGCUAAUGUAUGUAACUGCUUCACGUAUGCACAAUGCAACUGGAAGUUGUCUUCUACCAUUCAUGCCAAUGGUCUCACCUACUUUAUUGCUUCUUUGCAACUGGCGUUUGGAUGCUUUUGUAUGAACAGAAGUGUUGAUACUGCAGUGUAUAGAGAAUACCAAACAGUGACAUUAGAAAAUGGUUAUCUGUACUCUUCCAUUCUUAAGGAUAUAAUCUCAGACUCAGUCAAAUAGCAGCAAACAUUCUUGUCUAUUCGUAAUACAUUUAAGCAAAGAUAUUUUUGCUCUGUUCUUACACAGAAGCCUCUAUUCAAUCAAUAUUUGUCCUUAACUUAACUCACAAGUAAAUGCUCUCUUUUCUUCACACAGUUUGGCAAAUCUGUGAUUUAAAAAGAAAUAUUAUUGCUUUUGCUCUGUUAAACAAAAUCAUUGACUGUAGAAAAGAUAUUGACAGGAUGACUGCCUUCACCCACUGACUUUCCAUCGGCAUGGUGAAAAGCAUUUUGAAACCACAAAAGUACAGUUAUCCUGCCACCAUGUUGUACUAAUUGAAGCCAGAGACUGAGCAGUAUUUGUUGACCGUAUUGUUGCCGUUGACUUGCAUUGAUACAGGUGGCUGAAAGACCUUUGCUGGAGCUAACCCCACUGGCGCUUGAGAGCAACAUCUCUCAACAAGACCAGGAAGUGGGCUUCAAAAACAAAGCCCGGUUUUGGCCACUUGUUCAAAAUUUAAGGACAAAUGUUGAUUGAAACCCAUCUGGAAAUUUCCAUUAAUUUUGCAUAUAUUUACAGCUACAUAUAUUUGCAAGAAUUUAAAAACGUUAAAGUUUUAUGAAGUUUGUCACUCAAAGUUAAGGACUGAUUAUUUGUGGUGUUCAGACUCUGGUCUAAGCAUCUUUGAAGUUGCACAUAUACAGUACUAGCCUAAAUAAUUUUUUUAUAUAUAUCAGUAUGCUUGGAAAUACUAUUAAAGAAAACACUUAAGGAUUUUAUUAGAAGCAUUCAAUAUAUUAAUAUAUGGGAUAAAUAAUGCUUUAAAUACAAUAUACGGUUUCUAUUGUAGUGAAUGUUUGUGGCAACAGGUGGUGUGUGUAUUUACCUUUACAAUUUGACACACCUGUGGACUUUAUAAAACCAAGUAAAAAUUUCUAACUAAAAUGAAGUACUAACCAAAGAUGGCAUUUGUUUUCAUUUGCAUUUGCUUUGUAGCUAGUGUUCAUAAAGUGUUCCUCCAGAUAUUUUGAAGAACAAGGGUAAUAUGAGGUUCACCUCACUCUGAAUGUAUCUAUGGUGAAUUUGUCCUGGUUAUUCCAGUGGCCUCGGAUCUAAAUGUAGAUGAAAAACACUGUGAUGUGUCUGUGAUAUCCCAGCAUGCUUUUUCAAGACUGAGGUUUUUUUCUCCUCUUUUUUCUCAUCUGCAAGCCCAUAAUGGGCAUACUCCAAGUUAUACUGUGAGCGUGGCAUAUUUAAAUAAUUCUUCUUUGGGCGUUUUUUUUUUUUUAGUUAUGGUGGCCAAACAGCAUGCAAGUGAAACCAACUUUUGAAAAAGGCUUUGCUGUGAUGGUUUGUACUUGUAACUGAACACAUUAAGACUUCAUUAAUAUUGCUGCGCAGAUUGCUUUUUUUGGUAUAUUUAUAACAUAUUCUCAGCAUGAGAUGUAGGUCUUUGAAAUAUCAGUUAGAAAUGGGGGUGUGGACACUGUCGUACCCUAUAUUUACCAUUGUAGGCUAAAUGUCCUCUCAACUCUGGCUUGAAAGUGUUAAGCUCAUAAAAGUGUGAAUAUGGUAAUAUUCUUGAAACAUAACCAUUACUACCGUGUGAUGCUUGUCAUUUUGCCCGGGCGAUUACAGCGAAGCGUAAGCGUCUGAAUCUGCGUUUUUUUCUCCGAUCGGUGCCUCGGCCGUGAGCGCGGACCCAAAAACACGCCGCGUCGACGACGCCCUCCUCGUUUUCGGAGUCUCUGAGACGUGUUCCGUUAACAGCCCGCGGGUAGGGUGCGCACCAGCGUGGAGUCGUGCUUUCUCUGCGGCCUCUCCCACUCUCCUCUUGACCUCACAGGCUGCGCUGGCAGAUUGUGUGUUUGGGAGGGGGGUUUGUUUGGGUAAACAUACUUUUCGCUGAAAGAACAUUUCACUCGGCUAAGGUUUUUUGACAAAGAUGCUAUCGAUCAUCAGAUUUUUUAUUUUUUUACUUUUUUAUUUUUACUUUCUGCACUUUCUGUCUUUUUCUCUCCUGAAGCCUAUGUUUAUACACAAGCAUACAGUAUAUACUGUACUAAUAUACACUAUGCUGUACAAAUUUAUGUCUGACUAUAUUCACACAGUGCAGCAUCACAAUAUUUCCUUGUAUCAUUAAUAACUAUGCACUAUAGAAUGUUAUCCCAGUAUGUAUAGAAACACAAUGCAUGACCUUCCACUCCAAAUUGCACAUGAUCUAUGUAUUUGUUUUGAUUUUGCACUACAUAACAUUUAUGUCAAUGUUCUGUAGUGCUAUAUUUUACACUGCUCCAAUAUUAUAUUCAGACAAAAGAGCUCUUCAAAGUGUAUGUUAUAUAGGCCUAUGUAAUAUGUGUUAUGAUAUCAUUAUCUGUCUGCAUAGGAUUUAAUUUAAAACAGUAUUUUCACUGCAGUCAUUGAAUUUCUUGGAUGUGGUGCAACAGACAAAUACUAAUGUAGUUUGAUAAAAUUGUCCCUGCUAUUGUUAGGCACCUUACGGAUUCACUUCCGCAGGACAAAGCAUGAUGCCAGGGAGCACUGUAAUGCAAUGUUAUCCACCGUUUUGAGUCAUUAUUCAUCAUUAUUGAGCUUGUACACGCAAACACGUCCACCGGUCAGCUGAACACUUUCACUUUCUCCACUCUAGUCAUUUUGGAAAGAGUGAAUGGUUAAAUCAUUCAAGAGAGCAACUAUAGAAGUUGUGUGUUGACAUAAUUAAUUACGCGGUGUUACUUCUUUCCAUUUCUCCUGUAUCACAUUUAACUUGUUUGCUACUUAACAGCUUUUGAAUGUCUCCACCUCUUAUACCUGUGUCGCUGGAGCCAUUUUCUAAGCCCCACUCGACUUUCUGAAGAAAUGCCCUGAAGUUACCUUUAGCUAAUGUAAAGAGGGUCAGUGGGAUGGCAUACAAAAAUCCAUUGGUCUCUACUAUAAUGGAUAAAAUGUCCGUUGGCUUCUCACUGUACAAGAACAUCUUUCGCUGAAUAGACACACAGCCCUGCUGUUUGUGGUUUUCUUGUAAGCAUGGAUACAAAAGAGAGCUUUUUACUAUUAACUGCAUGAAAUUGCGUGAUCAUUUCGUAUUGAGGGAAAAUAGCUAUCCGUGUUCCAAUUGAAGGAUAUGCCUUCUUUGAAUGACUUUGGGCGAACCUUGAAGGGAAAAUGUAUAUUUACAGUAUCCUUAAACUCCUUUUUGUAUCCUUGUUCCAUCUUCAAUACUACAACAACUUCUUUGCUCUUUACAAAAUGCUUUAUGUAAUCACAGCAUCAUUCACAUUGACAUAAAGUACCAAAGGCUCUUCGAUUAAAAUAAGUUUGCAGUAUUUUUGUAUGUCCUAUACCCCUUUAAUAAAAGCUUUACAAAACCAG